ACAAAACGUUGCAACGGCAGCCAUUCUGCAAUCACAAGAAAAAUCAGCUGUUAAGCACAAUCCUUUGGAAUAGGAAUACUUUAAUAAAAUCAAUGAUAUUGCAAUUUGAUAAUUGCACAAAAUCAAUUAUUUGAAACAUACUCUUCAUAUUUAUAUUCAAGGAUUUCGAUAACAAUAGUUCUCCAAAUAAAUACUUUGAUACAGGAACUUCGGAAUUUGUUGGUAUGACUGUUUUAGGUCACAUCCCUGUUCUGCUCUUUUCGCCAGCUUGAGUUUUUGUUUCGUAGCACGUUUCGAAGCUUAUUAAUCGAAAGAUGGAGAACGACGCUGGAGAAUUUGUUGAUCUUUACUGCCCAAGGAAAUGCUCGGCUAGCAACAGAAUCAUCCACGCCAAGGACCACGCUUCAAUUCAGUUGCACAUUGCCGAAGUAGACAAGGAGGGCAGGAUGACCGAAAAGACAAAGAUGUACGCCAUCUGUGGAGCUAUCAGGAGAAUGGGUGAAUCAGAUGACUGCAUAAACAGGCUCGCCAAAAAGGACGGAAUUAUUGCUAAGAAUUUUUAAGUCAUGAAUGGCGGGUGAUUUUUAUUAAUUAAAUAAAAAAUUCUCCAAUA